UAAAAUUGGUUAAUUCUUGACUACUGUGGUAGUUGUCAAAAAAUGGCUGAGAAGAGGAAGGGAAAGAAACGAAAGGAGGAGCUGCCGGAAGAUGAACCAGAGAAACCAUCAAAGGAAGAAUAUGCAUUAGCAAAAUGGCUGCGCAAGAAUGUGCCUACGAAGAAAACAAAGUUUUUAAACCACAAUGUAGAAUACUUUACAGCUGUGAAAGCAGUAGACGCAGUGAUGGCUUCACAUUGGGUACAGGCCAAAGAAGGAGAGGAAGCAUUCUUUUCUUCCAGGAUUGACAUAGUUGAGUUUCUAGACAGAAUGUUGAGGCAUAAGUUCUUUCACCGAGCCAAGAAGAUCCCAGUAAGUGAACAAGAACUGAAAGCAAAAUUGAAAAAAAAGGACAAAGAUCGUAAAAAAGAUGGUGAUGAUAAGCGUAAAAAGGAUGAUGAAAAAUGUGAGGAUGCUGAAAGUAGUCAUGCUGAAGGAGAAAAAAAGGAUGAAAAGUCUGCUUCUCAGGAGGACAAAGAAAAAAAGAAGAGAAAGAUCCGUCUUGAAAUGCACUUAGACCAGCUCUUUGUUGAUGGAUUGGAUGCAUAUGUUUGGAUCUAUGACCCGAUUCCAGUGUAUUACUGGUUUUUUGGCACAUUGCUAGUGCUUGGUGCUAUUGCUAUCUGCUUAUUUCCUUUGUGGCCACCAUCUGUAAGGAAGGGUGUCUACUACCUUAGUGUUGCAGCAGCUGGAUUUUUAGUAUUUAUCAUAGCACUGGCAGUUUUGAGACUGAUUGUCUUUUGUCUGCUCUGGGCACUUACUCUUGGCAAACAUCAUCUUUGGUUAUUACCAAACCUAACUGAAGAUGUUGGUUUUCUGGCAUCAUUCUGGCCCUUGUAUCAGUAUGAAUAUAAGGGAGGAGAAUCAAAGGGGAAGAAAAAAUCAAAGAAGAAGAAGGACAAGGACUCUGACAAUGAAGAUGAGAAGCAAGAUGAUGAUCCUGAAUCGAAAGAGGAAUCUACAAAAGCAGAUAAUGAGGGAAGGCAUGCAGCAUCAGAUGAUGCAGAAAAGGAAGCUGAAAAUUCUGAAAGUGAGUCAGAAAGCAGCCAGAAAUCUCAAACAGGUAAAGAUUUUGAGAUGGUAGAGAGAGAAGAAGUAGAAUCUUAACAACAGAAUAUUUGUUAAUAAGUUUGCAUAAAAAUCUGUUGGAAGGCUGAAAUAUCAGCACGGCCUGCAGUAAAGUUACUUUCACAAUUUCUGUCAGUUGUUUUGUAAACUAUAAACAGAAUCAACUUGUAAGGUAAUUGACUGCUGAAAUAUAGCACAUUCAGAUGUUCUGGAUAUAUUUUGGCCAAGUGGAAAACUUUGUGUAUGGAAUCAUGGAAAGUGUAUUAGUUCAGGAGCUUGCCACUUUUUUGUCACAUUGUUUGCACUUAAACUUUAAAAUAUUGAAAUGCAGUACACAGGAUAACUAUAUUUGAAACAUCUGUGUUUUAUUAAUAAAACAGUUAUUUCAUUACAUGUUGCAUAUAUUUAUUUGCUAGCCACUCAGGACAGAGCUAGUUUCAUUGGCAGUAUUGUUAAUAUGAGUGGUCCUCUUAUAUAAAUUUGUUGUUGUAGUAAGCAAUGUUUUAGUUAAUGUAGUUUCUUCGUUCUCAGUGAAAUCAUUACUUUUAUGUAUUUCCUUGAUGCAAAGCUGCAAAAUCAUAUCUACAGAAAUGAACACAUAAUUGAAAGUGUUUAUUUAAAACAUGAUCAUAAUGAACACACAAAAAUAUGGGAAUAGUUUGUAUUAUUGUGUACUGAGAUUUCAUGACUGAGGGUGCUGAUUUCUGAAAUUGUUAUGCGUCCUCUCGUGUAAACCUGUGAAAUACAUAUGGUGGUGAGAAAGUCUCAUAUUAAACAACUGUUAUUAUUA